GCUCGCGAUUCGCGAGAGCCAGAGAGACAGACAGCCUGAUUGCGCCACUUCCUAUCGCGGCAAAGACCCCUGCAUAAGCAUAAUAUGCAUACGUUGCCUUGGGCGUUGGGUGUUGGAUUUUUCAAACGAUGUUUAUGUGUGGCUCUGUUUUCCUUAUCCCCUCCCUAUCCCCCUUUAUUUUUACCAAACAUUCUCCCUCGAUCCUUUAUAUAUGCAUGGAGGAGGACUAUCUCCUUCCUUCUCAAGUCUUUCAAAACCGGUGAGGUUAAAUGCCCUUCUGAGACAUGUCAGAACAAGAGAAUGGACAGCUCCCAGAAGACGACGACGCCAUAUUGCCAGAACUAAAGCUCCCAGACUUGCUGUUAACUGAUACAGUUAAAGCACUCCACGCAUCCAUUGAAAAUGAGUGGGACUCCCUCCAGCGCUCCGCAUGCCAGACAGCUGCCGGAAGAGCCCUGUGGAACCAUGUCAUCCAGGACCCCCUUGCAGGGGUUCUUGCCGGAGAGACAUACCUCCGAAGCCUUCACGAGAAGAUGAGGAAAGACCGGCUAAGUAAUGCCCGUGAAGUGUCGGGGGUGAUUCUUGCAGUCCGAACCCUCUGGUUUGAUUCAAAACUUGAAUCCACUCUCAACUCCUUCAAUGGCGAAGCCCAAGUUGUUCUCCUGGGCGCAGGCAUGGAUGCGAGGGCAUACCGUCUGACCUGCCUGAAGGAGAGUAAUGUCUUUGAGGUUGAUUUCCCCAAGCUCUUGCAAGUAAAGGCCAGUCUUUUGCAGGCAGCAACUGGGUCUAGCAAUGAAAACCAACAGUCCAAAAUGAUGGCUAAAACCCUAACCAGAGUAGCAGCUGACAUACGAGACGAUGAUUGGUUUGAGAAGCUUCAGAGAUCUGGUUUCAUGCCUGAGAAAAAUACCAUAUGGAUCCUUGAAGGUAUCCUCUAUUACCUAUCCCACCUCAAUGCCAUGCAGGUACUGAAGACAAUUGCUGCUAAUUGCACAUUAACCCACACAAUCCUCCUUGCGGAUUUCAUGAACAAGUCUUCAACCAUGAUUGCACAUUCCACCUUCCAUUUCUAUAGCGACUGGCCAGAACACCUCCUGCCGUCCUUGGGGUUUUCUGAUGUUAAGCUUUCGCAGAUUGGAGACCCAGAUGCCCAUUUUGGACUCAUGAACGACCCUUUAAAUCUAUUCAACAAGCUCCGCAACCUGCCAAGGUCACUUCAAACGCACCCAGAUGAUGGAACACCAUGCAAUCGCCUGUAUUUGGUGCAAGCCUCAGGCUCACCCGAUCAAAUCAGCUCAUAAUACAUGGAACACUUGAUGAUCUUGUUCUUUUUGGAAUUACAAAAUGCAUUUAAAGAACUGACUGCCACACAGCAUUGAGUCAUUCAGUGAAUUUGGGAGUCAGUGGUGGUUAUUUUCUGUAAGAUAAUGUUAUAUUAUAGAUUAAAUUGUCAAAUAAGUUGAGAAUCAAACAAGAUUCUUUCACUUGGAUUCAUUCCCUCACCCCUCUCUAUUGGCUAUUGCCUAUUGGCAAAAUAUCAGGCACAUGGGAUGAAAGUUGUUUUUAUAGCUGCUUGAUUCCAACAGUGAAAUGGAUCAUAUUGGACAGAGAAUCCAAUCAGUGGGUGUCAAGGCCAACUUGUCUGGCCUAUCAAGUCAGUUUGAAGCCAUUUCUAAUUCAUAACAUUCUAUAAACCUCUGUUCCAUCAAGUUAAUCCAGCAAAGGGAGGGCAGUUGUAUCAGAAUUCCUAGCUAAAAUACCCUUUUUUAUGGAUCUUAGCUAAAGGAGUUGGAAUGCCUAAUCUAAAUAGGGUUUAUUUAGUACCUAGUUUACUGCGUAUAAAAUCAAUGACAACUCUCAUUAUCAAAGACUCUGUCAUUCUGUUCCUUUCAAGACCUAUAAAUGGAUCCCAAAGUACUGAUUUGAUUAUAGUUCUUGUCCUCUUCUCUUCUAAACUCGUAUUAAUGUAUUUUAGAGGUAACCACCCUCAAUAUUCUAUCAUUUUAUAAGGUACCAAAGCCUCUAUUAAUUUAUCACUUAACAAAUGAUGUCUCCUUGGGGCAAUAAUCAUGAAAUGAAUUCUGAAGUUGCAAUUUCUUCAACUGAAACUCUUGAUAAUGUGUCUUCUUCGAUCUGUUUGUCGAUGUAUGCCCAAAAUCUGCUACCUGUACUGUUAAGAUAAUGAGAUUGUAAAACUUCAACGAGAAGAUACUUGGUUCACCAUUAAACUGGCAUUGAGCAAACUUGUCCUCAAUGAGUAGAAAAAGUUUGUUGGCAUGGUUCAUAUGAUAGAGGCAGAUUUAUAUGCAUGGGGGAAGUAGAGAAAACGGUGCUUUUGUGUGCUUUUGUUUGUAUAUGUUUUGUCUUUACUUUUCUUAUGGCUGUAUUGGACCCAAAGUUUUGGGAAGUUGCUUUAUAUUUUUCA